UCCGGGCACGAAUCAAGAGGCUGGCAUAAAUAUGAAUAGCGUUCUUUAUUUGGCUCAGUCACAAAGAUCAGCAGAAAUGGAUACACUGCGUUCAGACAGUGAACCAUUUGAGUCAGGACAUCCCAGCGAGAACAAACAGAAAACAUGGACUUCCAGAUUACGCUACUUCUUGCAAAAUCCCUCCUCGCCACAGGACUCGUCAUCAAGAAAAAUAUCCCAGAGACCGACUAUUGAUGAACUGAAUCAGUGGGCAAAAUCUUUUGAGUACCUGCUUUCCCACAAAUACGGACGAGUGGCAUUCCGAAUUUUCUUGAAGUCAGAGUUCUGUGAGGAAAACAUGGAGUUCUGGCUGGCUUGUGAGAAGUUCACAAAGAUAAAGUCUCAAUCACAGCUCCGUACCAGAGCCAGGAGCAUUUAUAAGGAAUUUAUCAAGAGCAAAUCCCCAAAAGAGGUGAACUUGGAUUCUCAUACCAAAGAAACUAUUGCACAGAGUCUCCAGUGGCCAGCUGUGUCUUGUUUUGCCAAAGCACAGAAAAUAAUAUACUUACUGAUGGAAAACAGCUCCUAUCCCCGGUUUAUUGAAUCAGACCUCUACAAGGAGUUGUGUGCAAGAGCAAGAAGUAGCUGAACACCAAGCUCUGGCCAAAGCACUUUACAUUGCAUCCAACAAGGCUUCACCUACAAAUAGUGUAAUUUCUCAAGGGUUUACUACAGGCAAUGACAGAAAUGUAAUGUAUUUAGCCAUCAAAUUCCUACAAACUAUAAAUGAAUAGUAAAUUAAGUUAAAAGGAACACAACGGUUAGAAUAAACCACAUGUGAUGCUUUCUUUUAAAGAAAACGAGUGGUUUUGCAAGUGGAUAAAAAAUCAGAAGUUAGGCAAUGAAAAAAAAACUGCAAAAAUUCAGUGGUGUAAAACUACUUGUAGUAAAUACAAGAGUGAAUCUUACCAGAGGUAGUAUGCCUAUAAUGAAUGUGAAACCUUUUCUUAACAUUUUUUUUUUUUAAAAAUAAUCCAAUUUACUUAAUUGUGUGUGAAUGAUCUGCAGCUGGACUGCAGUUUAUUUGUAUUUAUUUUAUAAUAAGGCUCAUAGGUGGUGCAUGUGACACUGAGUUCCAGACCCAGGUGCUGGACAAGGGGACACCAACGUUAAACCCCAUUUCGGCUGGCAGUCCAGUUUAGCCCUCCUGACUAAAUCGUGUUGUGAGUAACAGUCACCAACUAAGACAAGCACACUUCAUUGAAGGUGACUGCAGCUGCACAAGUAUGAGGAAGAAAGAGGAACCUUGUGUCUAUGUUUAAAAAUCAUUUUUACAUUGUGAAACUGUGUACGUGCUUAUUUUUAUUAACCACAUUAUUUUAUGUCACGUCUGGGGACUAAAUACACGAUUUGUUGACAAUGUACCUGAAAAUACUUGAACCUAGAUCAAUAAAAAUGUAAAUAUGUGAAUAAAUGGGAAAUAUUUAAGCACAA